AUGCUUUUGUCUAUUGCUGCCAAUUUACUGGACCCAACAAUAGUGCGUUCACAAAGUGUCUGGUGUUUGGAACAUUCCAGUACCUUUUGGGAAGUAGACUGCCAGAAGAAUGGCUCUAAGUUUUUCAAAGAGAAUUUCCGGAUGAAUAGAUCCAGCUUUGACGAAUUAUGUAGUCUCCUAAAAAAAAUGACCAAAACGGACACAAAUUAUCGGGAUGUAAUUCCACUAGAAAAGCGCGAUGCAAUUGCUCUUUUUGCAUUAGGAUCUUCUAGUGAAUAUAGGUCAAUUGCACACUUUUUUGGAGUAGGCAAAGCUACUGUUAGCAAAAUAUUUAUUGAGUUUUGCAAUGAAGUUUGGGCAAGUUUGGCGCCAAUUUAUUUAAACAAUUUUCCCCUUAAAAGGUCAAAAAUUGAGCAAGGAGUUGCAGAUUUCAAUGCAAUGGGUUAUCCACAAUGUAUUGGAGCUAUAGAUGGAUGUCAUAUAGAGAUACACCCAAAAAAAGAAGAAGCCAUUGAUUAUCACAACUACAAAGGGUGGUAUUCGGUCGUACUGUUGGCUUUAGUAGACGCAAAAUAUAGAUUCAGUUAUAUCCAUUGCGGCAGCCCAGGAAGAGCUGCAGGAAUGCGCACUCCUUAA